GCGAAGGCCAACUUGGCCUUAUAACAGGUAUCGCUCCUCAUCGAAAGAAUAUAAAGAGCUCUUAAAUCCCGUUCAAGGGAGAACAAAAGCAUUACAAGCAGUGGCCCCCCCCCUUCUACAAAAGCUCAACCAACAUUGAAAGUUGGUUCAUUCUUAGCAAGGGACAAUCUUAAUGGCAGCCCCUCGCCCUGCAAAGUAUAUGAAUGUUCCCAAGGCGGACCUCUCCACUAUCCAGUUUAUCAAUCUUCUUGAUAAGGAUGGAUCAGAGUUGAAGAAACUUAUCACAGCCUGUAAGAAAGAUGGCUUCUCCUACCUCAAUCUUCAACAUGGCGGUUCCGAAAAGUUUUGGACUGACUUGUACAAGAUUGAUACUAUCACCAAGCAGUGGUUUUCUCAGUCUGAGUAUGUCAAGCUGAAGACCCCUACUGUGUCUCUAUCGCAUGGUUCAAAGCCAUUGGAAACUAGUCUGGAGCUGUCCAGUCACACAAAGAUGGCUUUGAGGCACUAA